AUGCAAACAUCAAUAGUACCAUUUGACGAUUACUCCACGGUUGUCAGAGUAUUCAUGAUGGGACCUCAUGCAGCAGCAGACAUACCUGCAGCAUUUCGUAUUUUAGAUAGAGAUGGUUCUGGCACAAUCGAUUUGAUGGAAUUAGCUAGGUUUGCAUCUAUUUAUUCACCAAGCGCUACGCCAUCCAAGAUCCUCAGUUAUAUUCGAAGAGUUGAUCGAAAUUCAGAUGAUAAACUGAAUUUAGCUGAAUUUACUUCACUCAUAAUGAGUGGUAUUGGACAUGAUCUUGUAUUUGAAUAG